AUGGGAUCUGCAUGUCUCAGAAUGUUCCCAAAGGCUGUGGUUGCGUUCAAUAGUCUUUUGUCAGAGAGAGAAGAAAUUCCCAACGGGAUUGAACCGCAGGACCCCUUUGCAAUAACAUGUCUGCCCGUUGACAUGAAAAGUAGAUGUAUUAAUCUUGUUGAUUUCUGGAAGCACCCAUCGGACCUGCAAGAUUUUGACACAUGGGCUUACAUCCUAGGACUGCUGAAUUAUAAGAUUGAUCUGCUGAUUAGUGACACUGAACCUUAUAGCCCUGAAAUAAUGGGCAAGAUACUUACUCAUUUGAUUUCGCACUCAUCAGUAAAAGGGAUGAUAGAGAAUGUUAUAUUUAAGACCCAUGUAUACACCUUCCUUAAUGAACCAUUAUUUGAUAGGUUGUUAUCCUAUUUCAAAUCAAGAUUCUUCGUAAGAGCAACCAUGUCUUCUUCGCAUACCAGUGAGAUCUACAUAUUGAUGUGUGGUUCAAUGGGGGCAUCUGAUAACUUGUACGUGUCUCGUUUCUCACUGGAGACAUUGGACCAAUCCUUUAAUGAUAAGUGGUCAAAUGCAGAGGGUGAGCUUGAAAGGGCAUUAUUGAUUUUCGGUCUCAGAAUGGAAACAGGAAUUGAUCCUAGGUUCUUCCCCAACCCUCAGUUGGAGUUGGAAGAGAUUCUACAGAACAUCGGUCUUAGUUACAAGGAUCGAUCAAUACUGGCAAGCGCACUUCUGAAGCCAGAGUCUCCUUCAUCAAUAAACCAGGCUGUAAGAGGUUUGAAGAAGAUGGGGCUCAGAGAACAUUGGAAGGUCCCCAGAUCUCAUCUAUCGGAUAUUAUACCAACAUUCAGUCGAGUGUCUAAUGUCUACAGUGUUUUAUUUGGAAUAGGUCUCUUCUCAUCUUUGGUAUCAGAGGAUAUUGAAUUGUACAAGGGAAUAUUGAGGAGUAUGAACACACGAGCCACCUCAUACUCUAAGAUCCUCAACACCAGUAACAAGCUUUUAAAGACUAAGACAACUAUCAAUUACUCUGACGGAGGGAAUUGUGUAGUCAAGAAAUUGGGAAAGAUGGUGGAUUCUAGCAAAGCAAGUGCAGUGAUUAGACUAUUGCGUCUAAGCAUGAAGUCAUCAGUAGAGGCCAGAAGCAAGUGGAUAGGGGUGGAAUUAGGAUGGAUCAUUAUACCUAACAUAGAAAGUGACACAGACGGGCUUUUAUUCUUCCGGGAUGAAAGGGAUAACCAAAAAUAA